UUUUUGUAAACAUAUAUCGACAAUUAUCAUGAAAGGUGCAAUCAUUGCCUUGGCAUUAUUUGCCGUAUCAGUUUACGCACAAAGUGACUGUCCAAAUUGUGGACCACCAGUCAUUCCACCAAAUUGUGAAGUUCCAGACUGUAGCAUCCCAGCAAAUCAUCAAAAUAUCGCCUUAUUCCCACAUCCCGAUCCAAAUUACUACUGGCAAUGCGCACCUGGAACUGUUGUUGGAACAUGGGCAGCAAUGGCCAGACCAUGUGCUUGUGGAACUGUCUUUAAUCCAAAUGUAUCACCACCAAGAUGUACCUUCUGGUUCGAGAGCACAUGGCAACCAAUCUGCAACUGGGUUAGACCACCAGUUUUGAGAACUUGCGACCCAUGGUGUCCAGAUUGUAAUGGAGAUGGCUCUGCACCCGGCCCAGUCACACCAUCACCAGUCACCCCAUCACCAGUAACUCCAUCACCAGUCACACCAUCCCCACCAGGAUGUAACUGCCCAUGUGUUCCAUGCAUCUGGUGGCCAUGUACCCCAUGCAACCCAUGCCAGUGCUAAGCACAUCAACAAUUGAAGUCAGUACCAAUUGUAACAACAAACAAAAUAUUCUCUGUUCAGAGUAUCUCGACAGGCAUCUCAGCAAAUUAGAUUUUUAAAAGCAGAGUAUAAAAUUUUGUAUGAAAAAAAUAAUCAACAAAUUUGUAAAUAAUAAUUUUGUAAUGUCACAUGAUAAGUUAUGAAAAUAAGUUGAAAUACAAGAAAAGAUUUUAUUGGGUUAAAAAUUGUGUUUUUAAGAUUGAAAUUUUAGGUGUUGGUGCUAAUUGGUUUAUGGGCGUUGAACUAGCCAGAGCUUGAAAUCAACUUUGAUGUCUCGACUUCUGGCUAAGGGCGAUUAUUUCAUCAGUUUCGCACACUUGCUUAGAGCUCUGAAGCUGAUAAAUGAGACUUUGAUGAUUUAUGAUCAAUCUGACCAGUUCUACAACUUUGAUUUGAUUGUAAGUUAGAACUUAUUCCAGGAUAGCAUAAGGAACAGUAAAGAUUUCAUUCAAUCUUGUUUAACAAGUCAAGUUUCACCUAAUUAGGUGCCAAUCACCUCAAACAUUCUUAUCAUUACAUGCUAGAUACUGACCAGAAUAAUUUUUGCUUGUCAAAAUUUAACACAGUGAGAUGAACAAGUUUAGA